AUGGCACGACUCAUGCCAGACGAAAUAUGGGUUUCGAUUCUCUCCUACCUGCCCGACUUCCACUGCCUCAGAAACGUAGCUCUGGUUUCUCCAACACACCUCCGCUGCGCCCCUUCGGCAUGUCGACAAGUGCUUCUGAACGAGAUAGGCCACCGCACACUCCCUGAUGCCAUAACGGCACUCGAGUCCUCGAAAAUCCUUCCGAAAGACCAAAAUCUUGUUGUAGGCUUUAGUGACGCAUACCUCAAGAGGCGAGCUCCUAUUCCACCAACGAUCAGCCUGUCAGAUGGCGCUGCCCUGUCGGAGCUACAUAAGUACGUCAGCCACCUUGGGUCAAAGUUGCAGGAAAUCUCUCUGCAUCGUCUGGUGAAGGAACAGCGUGGCCUCGCCAACGACCGCCAUGACUGGCCAGACGCCCCCGCCACAGCCGAGAAGCCCACGGCUACCGAAGCUGCCCGUUUCCAGAGAGCCCUGUACCGGUUUGAGAUAUAUUGCAAGCUAUUCAAGGACCCGGAAGUUGUACGCUUUAAUAUGGACGUGGUCAACUUCCAGAGAGCACACUUUUUUGAUUGUUUGUCGCCUUGGGAGAUCGAGCAGCUGGUCGCCAUCAGGGAUCUUCUCGCGGCAGCUGUCAUUGGCCCUCCACUACGUGCUCUUGUAGAACUGCGAAAGAACGAGGCCCUGCAGACCCAUCACUGUGGUCCACGACACGGCUCGCAAGUAGUGUACUGGACGAGUCCAAUUUUGCCUCCCAAUCUGGAGCGUCGCGACUGUCACAUCAACCAGAACCAAGCGCGACUGUUGUGCUUUGGGAUAAAGUUCCUCUACGAAGUGUCCGUUUCGCCAUAUGCACAUUUCUACCAACUCCUCCGGGAUCUCCCGCAACAGCCGCGUUACGCCAGCUACAACCGGGUGGGCGAAAUCUACUCCUGGUUUACUGACGCGGUCGAUGAGUGUAUUGAGCUGAGCAAUCUGGAACUCCCAUUCCAAAAGGCACUCUCAUCUUACACUGAGGAUGAGUACAAGGCCUACGUGCGGCAAUCAUUGGUCGCCGAGGAUCCCGACAAGGGGCCGGAAGAAGCAUGGUACUGGGCAUAUCAAUCGUUCCCCGGAUCGACCUGCAACGACCUACGGAUGACCAAUUGUCGACUCUUUGGCUUGUUUUUCUGGGACUCGAGUCGUCUCAAGACCAUCAACUUCUUCACGCGCGUCGAUUUCUGGUGGUGGCGGUGGGAGGGAGGCCGACAACCGGAUUUUGAUUGGGAAGUUGGUGCACCCUACCCUCCAGCGUUCUUUUGA